CCUCAGAAACUCGAGUGCUCCUUCCCUCAACUCUUCACUUCAGACUCUAUACUUCCCCCAAAAUACAGGCUCGCAGGCGCUGGGGGAGCUGGCUGGCUGGCUGGGAGAACUCCAUAUGCAGCAGCCACUUUUCUGAUUUCGGGGGCUCGCUUCUUUCUCUCUCUCUCUCUCUUUCUCCCUCUCUCCCAUUCUGUUUCUCUCCCUUUCUCUCUCUCUCUCUCUCUUUAUUAACCCUCUCCUCUUCCGUCUCUCCCAGAUGCCCUUCCCCUCCCGGUUAGAUUUCUGACCGUUCGAUUUAUUUUACCUUUUUUUUUUUUUUUUGAGGGGGGGGUGUUCUUUUUUUUUUUUUUUCCCCUUCUGUUUGUUUUUAUUCUGAGCGGGUGCGCAUGGGGGGGAGCAUAUAACAAUUCUGAUUCUCUACAUAACUGCACAGAGCCAACCGGGGGGGGAGAGAGAGAGAGAGAGAGAGAGAGAGGAGAGAGAGAGAGAGAGAGAGAGAGAGGGCGGGAGAGAGGGAGAGAGAAAGCACGAAAGCAGCGCCAGGAGCAGCGGCAGCAGCAGGGCCGGUCACCCUCGCCCCCUCCCUGCUCCUGUGCACGCCAGUGCAAGCCAUGUCCUAUCCUCAGGGUUACCUCUACCAGCCCCCCGGCUCGCUGGCUCUGUACUCCUGCCCGGCGUACGGGGCGUCGGCGCUGGCGGCCCCCAGGAGCGAGGAGCUGGCCAGGUCUUCGUCGGGAUCGGCGUUCAGCCCUUACCCGGGAUCGGCAGCUUUCACCGCCCAGGCGGCGGCCACAGGCUUCACCAGCCCGCUCCAGUACUCCACAGACCCCGCCACGGGAUUCCCCUCCUACAUGGGCUCCCCUUACGACGCCCAUACGACAGGGAUGACCGGAGCCAUCAGCUACCACCCGUACGGCAGCCCUGCCUACCCCUACCAGCUCAACGACCCCGCGUACAGGAAAAACGCCACCCGCGACGCCACGGCCACGCUGAAGGCCUGGCUGCAGGAGCACCGCAAGAACCCCUACCCCACCAAGGGCGAGAAGAUCAUGCUGGCCAUCAUCACUAAGAUGACCCUCACCCAGGUCUCCACCUGGUUCGCCAACGCCCGCCGGCGGCUCAAGAAGGAGAACAAAAUGACCUGGGCCCCGCGGAACAAGAGCGAGGACGAGGACGACGACGAAGGCGACGGGGCGAGGAGUAAAGAGGAGAGUCCCGAGAAGAUGCCCGAGAGCAACGAAACCUCCGCGGAGGAUGAAGGGAUCAGCUUGCACGUCGACUCGCUGACGGACCACUCCUGCUCCGCCGAGUCGGACGGCGAGAAGCUGCCCUGCCGAGCCGGCGACCCCCUCUGCGAGUCGGGCUCGGAGUGCAAGGACAAGUACGAGGACGUCGAGGAGGAGGAGGACGACGACGACGAGGAGGACGAGGACGACGAGGAGGACAUCGAGGAGGACGACGGCGGCGGCGGGGAGCGCGACCCACCGGCCAAGCCCGCCACCUCCUCGCCGCUGGCCGCCGUGGAGGCCCCGCUGCUCGGCCACCCGCACGCCGACGCCGCCCGCAGCGCCAGCAAGGCGGCGCUGGGCGGCCGCGCCUCCCCCGGGCCCCCGACGCCGGCCAGCAAGCCCAAGCUCUGGUCGCUGGCCGAAAUCGCUACCUCGGACCUCAAGAGCCAGAACCUGGGCCAAGGCUGCCAGCCAGCGGCGUUGUCCUCGGCCACCCCCGCCUCCGCCCCGCACAGCGCUGCCUACUCGCCCUCCUCCCUCCUGGGGAGGCAUAUUUAUUACACCUCACCUUUUUAUAGCAAUUAUACAAACUAUGGGAACUUUAAUGCUCUCCAGAGCCAGGGAAUCCUGAGAUACAACUCGGCAGCAGUGGCUUCAAACGAGGGACUAAGUCAGACUGUCUUAAAUGCCAGCUCUGUUCACAAGCAGAGCAGUGACUCUUUGAAAACGAUCACUAACCAGCUAGAACAGCAUUACAGGCCCUCUAGUUAUGACUCAAAGAAAGAUCCCACUGAAGUCUGCACAGUAGGAGUACAACCAUACCUAUAGAAGUGCAAUCACACAGCAAUGCAAGUAGGUGUCACAAUUGCUUUGAAAAAAGUCAGCAAGCCAUCAUCUCUCCCCGAGCUAAUAUAUAUAACAAAUCUCUAAAUCUGGAUCACAUCUUGUGCCACUGUAAAAAAGAAGACCACAGAGCACUAUUAAAUCUUCAGACUCUAAUUAUUAAACCAGAAUUUUGUUGGACAUAAUGUGAGUUUUCUGGUAUAGUAUAGUUUCCCCAAUGUAUGUGUGACUUUCAAAAACAGAUCUGUUUUUCUCAGGAUAUCUUGAAUUGAUCACUUCAUUGCCACGGUAUAUAUUCGAUAGGUGUGAUAGGAUUUAUUGUAAAAUUUAUUUGUAAAAGAUGUAUACUGUAGAGAUAAUAAAGACGUGAUUGGAGAACAUGAGUCCUUACAAAGUGGAAACAAAUUUGAUAUUUAUUUUUGUAAUGAUAUAAAGCUUCUAGUAAUUUAUGCAAGUUGUAUUGCAAUGGAAUCUGAACUUUUUGUAAAUAAAUUUUGCUUGGUUUUUAUUUGAAACGUUGAUGGUUAUACAAUCUUUGGUUGUUUAAUGAGAAUUCUUUACUAAUUUAUAUCUCUAAUUGUAAAUAAAAACAGACUAGUCUGCAACAA